UUAGCCCAUACAUUUUAUUUUGAAGGGGACCGACUAUAACCAGGAAGAGAUGUCGGUGGUCGUCUCUCGGUCACGGAACGUGUGGAAGCGUGUGGCUUAAACUUGCUUCACACGCAGUUUGUGAUAUUAUUCAUAUUUCCCAGGAAUUUUACCAUGUCUUCUACGGCACCAAUUAAGAUUGGAAUAAUCGGCGGCUCAGGGCUUGAUGAUCCUGAUAUCUUAGAAGGAAGAACUGAGCGCUACGUUGACACACCAUAUGGAAAGCCAUCAGAUGCCUUGAUUUUGGGGAAAAUAAAAAACGUAGAAUGUGUGCUUCUUGCAAGACACGGGAGGCAGCACACUAUAAUGCCAUCCAACGUCAACUACCAGGCCAACAUCUGGGCACUGAGAGAGGAGGGCUGUACACAUCUGCUGGUCACCACUGCAUGCGGCUCGCUGAGAGAGGAGAUCCAACCAGGCGAUAUCGUCAUCAUAGACCAGUUCAUUGACAGGACGACCAAGAGAGCGCAGACAUUUUACGAUGGCCAGCCGACCAGCCCUCCAGGUGUGUGUCACAUUCCCAUGGCUGAGCCUUUCUGCUGCAGGACCCGAGAGGUGCUGCUAGAGGUGGCCCGGGGUUUGGGCGUCAAGUGCCAUGUGAAGGGGACCAUGCUGACCAUCGAGGGGCCUCGCUUCUCCUCACGGGCCGAGAGCCUGAUGUUCCGCCAGUGGGGCGCCGAUGUCAUCAACAUGACCACGGUGCCAGAGGUGGUCCUGGCUAAGGAGGCCGGCUUGUGCUACGCCAGCAUUGCAAUGGCAACCGAUUAUGACUGCUGGAAGGAGCAUGAGGAGGCGGUCUGCGUGGACAACGUGAUGAAAACCAUGAAGGAGAACGCCAACAAAGCCAGCAGCAUCCUGUUGAAUGCAAUACCUCAGAUCAGUCAGAUGGACUGGACUCAGAGCAUAACCUCCUUGAAAGUGAUGGCUCAGUCUGCGGUCAUGUUACGCAAACAUUGAGCGCAUCACGGACGCCACUCGCUUGAGCGCUGGGUGUGUCAUCGGUGACUUUAAAAAAAACAAAAAACAUGCAUGUCUUCUUUAGUGCAUUAACCCCACAUCACACUUCUGUUUCUGGGUUAUGUCUCUCCAGAGAUUUAAGGACUUUCCCCACCAAACUCCCCUACCUCUCACCAGACAAACCUUCGACAAAGGAAAUUAACGUGGUCAUUUUCACUAGAUAUUAUUUUUGUAUGCUUUAUAUUUUUAUGCUAUAGUCAUUUCAAAUUUUAUAUAUUUUUUUGUUGUUGCUACUUGAUUUAACAACAAAAAAGGUAGUUAUUUCACACAUUUGUGCCCCUUCAGAGAAAGGAAAACCGCUCACUAUAACAUAUUACUGUCAACUAUAAUAAUGAUAUGCCAUGUGGCAGUAUACCAUAUCAUAUAUAAAGUGCUAAAUAACUUCAAUGAAAAAGCAAGACAUGAAAAAUGUACAAAGUAUAAUUUCAACUUUUUUGUUUACAUAUUUUGUUAUAUUUAGUGAUACUUUCAAUUUCAUUGUGUUUCACAUUUCUGUAUAACUGUAGGGUAAAUUCACUGACCUAAAACAGUUAAUGUGUUCAUUUAUUAUAAUGUUAUCGGCAUUAUAGUUCACAUUAUCAAUGGCUUGUUUGUUUUAAAUGUACGGACACAUCAAGGUGCAUGUUCACAAGAGACAUUAAAUGUGAAUGUUGGAAAAUAUUGAUAUACAAUUUUAUUUCUUGUAUACCGAUUCAAUAUACAGACAGCACUGAAUGAUAAAG